AUGGCCUAUGAUCACCUUGUGGUUAAUGGUAUUAUGCCAUCAUAUGACACUUGGUUUUAUCAUGGAGAAUUAUUAAACUCACCUACUCCUAUUGGAGAAACUAAUUGUAUAGAAAAAACUUUUAGGGGUGAUGAGAUGGUAGGAAUGAUAGAGGAUGUUUAUAAUGGCUUUACCCAGAGCAUAGAUAAUGACCCUUUAGAAAGUGGUGACGAGGAGCCAAACUUGGAGGAGCCAAAUUUUGGAGCCAAACAUGCGUCAAAAAAUGAAUCUCAUCCAGAAGUGGAAAUAUUUGACAAGUUACUAAAAGAUGCAGAUGAAGAAUUAUAUCCUGGAUGCAAGAAAUUCAGCAAGCUUUCUUUUCUAUUGCAACUUUACCAUCUAAAGCAAUUAUUCAAAUGGAGCAAUGAGUCUUUUGAUGCGUUGCUAGGAUUAUUAAAAGAAGUAUUACCCGAUGGUGAGAAGCUACCUAGUUCUUAUUAUAAUACUAAAAAGAUGGUCAAGGGAUUGCGCUUGAAGUAUGAAAUGAUCCAUGCUUGUCCCAACGAUUGUAUGCUUUUUAGGAAUGAAUUGGCUAAUAAGAACAUCAACAAAUGCUCAGUUUGUGGAGCUUCUAGGUGGAAAAACAAUAAGAAAAAAAUUUCUGCUAAGGUUCUAAGGUAUUUUCCCCUUAAGUCAAGGUUGCAGAGACUGUUUAUGUCUUCAAAAACUUCUAAAUUGAUGAGAUGGCAUCAUGACGAACGCAAUAAAGAUGGGACUUUGCGACAUCCUGCAGAUUCUGAAGCGUGGAAAAGUUUUGACAAUUCUCAUGAAGAAUUUUCUAAAGAUCCUCGCAAUGUUCGUUUAGGAUUAGCUGCUGAUGGAUUUAAUCCAUAUAGUAAAAUGCAAAGUAAACAUAGCACAUGGCCAGUGAUUUUAAUGCCAUAUAACCUUCCACCAUGGUUGUGCAUGAAGCAAGAGUUUUUUAUUUUGUCGUUACUCAUUCCUGGACCAACAGCGCCUGGAAAUAAUAUUGAUGUUUUCUUGCAACCUUUGAUAGAAGAGUUAAAGGAAUUAUGGGAUGUUGGGGUGAAAACCUAUGAUGUCUUUGAUAAGAAGACAUUCAAUAUGAAAGUAGCGCUCAUGUGGACAAUAAAUGAUUUUCCAGCAUAUGGUAACUUAUCUGGUUGGUGCACUUAUGGUGAAUUUGCUUGCCCUUCUUGCAAUAUAGACACUCAUUCUAUAAGGCUCACAAAAGUCAAAAGUAUUGCUACAUGGGUCAUCGACGCUUCUUGA